AUGGCCGUACCAGCAAUGCUUAUGGGAGCCAUUGCGGCUAGUACGGCCUUUCAUGCUUCUCUCAGUCCCAUCAUUAGCAUGCCCGUCCGUCUCAUCCUCACCCUCCUCCUGCCACUUGCCCUUCUACUCCUCCUCCUCCUCCUCCUCAUCAUCAUCAUCAUAAUUACCAUCGUUUUUAUUCUCUUCUUCUUCCCAUUACAUGUCUCCUACUUCUAA